AAAUAAUAAAAUGUUACAGGUUUCCAUAUUUCUCCUAUUUUUCGUGUUUCCCGGAUGUUUCGGAAAUCUCAUAUUCGCCACGUCGAAUGAGGAAACUUGUGAAGAUGAUUCAAACAAUGGAGGUGGAAAGGUUAAGAAACCGUGUGAGCCGGGAUGGUUAAAGUUCAACCGACCAUCUGGUGUAUGGUGUAUUAAAGUAUUCAAUGGAACACAUUCUCAAGCCGAUGCUGAAAAGCUUUGUCAAAAAAAUUAUGGCGCUACCCUUUCCGGUGUACAAAAUCAACGGGAAAUUAGUUAUGUCACGCAACAAGCACUUGGUACCAUGAGUCAAGGCAGUGGAUCCAUUUGGAUUGGUGCCAAAAGAACAACUCUUUGCAAGGCGUCUCGACUCUCUAAAUACUGUAAUACGUUGACUUCAUUUCAAUGGACAGAUGGAUCUGCUUCAGGACUUGAUGGUCUUAUUUGGAACAAUAAUCAACCAGAUAACAACUAUAAUCGUACUGAUCAAUGCGUUGUUCUUCUUGCUGCUCGUACUCCAACUGUAUCUGAUGAUCUACAAUGGGGAGCAAAUCGAUUGGAUGAUUGUUGUAUGUGAAGUCUCAACUGGUGCAGAAAAUGUCAGAACUGUUAGAGGCUAUGCUUGUGGAAAAAGAGGGAAGAAGUAACUUUAAAUUUUCUGAAUAAAUUUGUGCUGUUAAUUUUCCAGUUUUCAAAUCACAUUUCUUACGAUUCAUAGGUGGAGUAAUUUUCUUAAUUCACCGUCAGAUCCCAUAUGAACAAUAAAUUUCUCAGUGUUUCAUCAAAA